AUGAAGUCACUCCAAGUUCUAGCGUCAAGACGUUAAAAGCUUUCGUUCAACAAAUUUUGCUUAUAUUCAAGUAGAAUUAAUCCGAAUAUAUCGACAUGAUUGUCUCGAAUAGGUUGUGUGUCGCAGUUUGUGUGGUUUUACAAAUCGGAGUAACAUUUUCACAGCAAAGUUUGUCUGGACCACGGCCUCCUCAGAAAAUUCGAAUUACAAACAUUGAGGAUUUAAUAAAUAUCGGAUUUGAUUCCUUGUUCCCAGAAGAGACUCUCACAAAUGCAACCGCUUACAAUAGUAUCAAGUUUAGGCUAUAUGACAACACAAAGAAUAUCAGUCAGUACAAAGAGUUGAAAAUUGAAGAGAUUGGACCAGAAAGUCUUAAACCAAAUGUUCCAACUAAACUAAUGGUUCAUGGAUUUUUGUCCUCUUGUGAAAAGAGGAUUUUCCCAAAAAGUGUAAUUCAAGCCUACUUUGAAAAGAUUGAGUCCACCAAGAGUGAUAUGAAUUUGAUUUGCGUGGACUGGGCAACUCUUGCAAAUCCAUCCGCACUUCCAAACCCUCUUUUGUAUGGGGAAUCUGUCAAAUCUACUCGGAUGGUUGGGGAGAAAAUUGGAGAAUUUUUGGCCACUUUAUAUAAACGUGACGUAGUCAAAGAUCUUGGCACAGUUCACAUCAUCGGCUCCAGCUUGGGGGCUCAUGUUGCCGGUAUUGCCGGACACAUUCUUCGAUCUGACUAUGGUCUUGAGAACAAACUUGGAAGAAUCACUGGUCUCGACCCAGCAGGAUUAUUCUAUCGAGGUCGAAAAGCGGUCGACGAGCGUCUCGAUAAAGAUGACGCCAAUUUUGUUGACGUUAUUCAUACCAAUAUGGGCCAACUUGGACUACAAGAAAUUAUCGGACAUGCUAGUUUCUAUCCUAAUGGUGGCAGAUAUCAAGAGCGCUGUUAUUCAUUUUCCAACCCAAUUGCAAUGAUUGCAGAACAAGUUUCAGGGAGAUGCAGCCAUUUAAUUGCGGCAACAUACUUUAAAGAAUCCAUCAUCGAACACACGAAUAUUACAGCUUGUAAGGCAGAGAGUUGGGACAAUUAUCGAGCUCUUACUCGAACUACAGGAUGCCAAGAGCGUGUUAGUUUUGGUGACAGUUGCCCAGCCAGUGCCCGUGGACUGUUUUACCUGAUGAUUUAGAAAUGCAAAUUUGGGCGUCGCGUACAACAAACGAAAGAAAUUAUCAACUACUCAUCAUAGUCGGAAUUACUGACUAUGCCAUUCCAUGUAUAUCUUCUUAUUGUCUCCAAUGCGAAUAUUGUUCACUUCGUUUAUACCCAAGAGAAUCUCUGAAAUACAUCAUGUACAACGGAGCUCCCUUUUUAUGGCAUUGUUAAUAAAAUCUUGUUAAAUAAGUUACCUCUCCUAAA